UUGUUACAUUUUAGAAAGCUAAAACUUCGUAAUAUAAUAUAACCUCUAUCUAUUAUUCUCUUUUCAGAAAGCUUUCUUUGUCUGUCGGCUUAUAACUAUCAUUUUAACAUAUUUAUAUCGAUUAUUCGUUUAAAUACGACAUUUUAACUCAAACCACAGACCAAACAUUGUAGCGUUUACUUUACUGAAUAAAAUUAUUGAACUUAAACUUUUAAAUAGUGACAAAACAUAUUUUUUUCUUAAGAUUUACCAUGGAGGUGGACGCCGCACAGCUGCCAGCAGAACAACAAUCUGUUAAACUUGAAGAGUUACCAAAACCUUUAAAUGUAGAACAGGAUCCCAAUUCAGCGUUGAUUGCAACAAGUAAUGGAAACGAUAACGAUAUUGGCAUUCAACCUGUAAACUCGAAAGAUGUCCAAAAACCAUCACCAAAAAAACCGAAAAAGCGAAAGCCAAAGAUUCCUCGCGAUGUAACUGCGCCGCGACAACCUCUUACCGGCUAUGUACGGUUUCUGAAUGAAAGACGUGAUCAAUUACGUGCUGAGCAACCAGAGUUAGGUUUUGCUGAAUUAACUAGACAGUUGGCCAGUGAGUGGAGUAAGCUUCCAUCUGAAGAAAAACAACAAUACCUUGAUGCAGCUGACCAGGAUAAGGAACGGUAUAUAAAAGAAUGGGCUGAAUAUAAGAAAACUGAUGCUUACAAAGAAUUUAGAAAACAUCAAAUGGAACAAAAAGACUCCAAUACAACUGCUAAAAAAAUGAAACCAAAUACAAAUAGUGAUAAUAAUUUAAAUAAUACAGGUCCAGGAAGACAAACACCAGAACAAAAUAUUGUUGGUAAUGUAGCAACUGGCCCAGUAACCUCUGUACCAAGGCAACAAACACCACCUCGACCGAGACCUUGUAUAACACCUGCUUCAGGAGAAGAAAUACCCGGUGAUACGGAUAUUCCUAUAUUUACAGAUCAAUUUUUACAUCAUAACAAAUUAAGAGAAACAGAACUUCGCCAAUUAAGAAAAGCUAAUUCGGAUUAUGAGCAGCAGAAUGCUAUUUUGCAACGUCACGCUGAAGAAGUUAGUGCGGCGACUUCCAGACUCCGGGCAGAAACUGCAGCAGCAGCUGAACGAACAGCAGCUCUUGUAGCACACCGUCGAGCCCUUGUGUCUUCUUUGAGCCAAGCCUUACAAUCAGUUGUAUUGCCUUUGCAAGGUGGUCCUACUGGUGCUUUGGAAAAUAACAUAGAAGAAUAUAUGGAGAAAUUACAUAGCUUUGCCUUAGAUGGAAAGAAUAACCCACUUCUAAAACAAGCAAAGGACAUUUUGAACAGAAUAGAAUUGCCAACUAUUUAAAACAUUAUUUAAUAAAACCAUGUCACUAG